GGGGCGGGGCGAGGGGCGCGUUGGCGGGCGAGCUCCAAGAUGGCGGCGGAAGGCGCCGCGGCGGCCGGGAGCGGCCGCGCCUCGGGGGACCCAGCGGCGCUGGUGGCGGCGGAGUCGGUGGCGGCGGGCUGGGUGCUGGAACUGAGCUGCUGCUGCCUGUGCCAGCACUUCGCGGAGGGCCGCGCCGCCGAGUUCAGGCGGUGGAGGGCCGUGGCGCAGGCUGUUAUUAAUGGCUUCUCCAAAAUAGCUACACAUCAGAAAAAAAUGGUGUACCUCUGUCAGCUUUUGAUAAGAAUUGCAGAUGGAAAAAGACUUGAAUGCAAUUUUGAAAAGGAUCCAAGAAUUUCACCUUUGGAAUCUGCUCUGUCUUUUUGGACUUUACUUGAGAGGGAAGAAAGUAAACUUGAUAAGCUUCAUGAAGAUAUUCGUCGCUUGAUUCAAAUUCAGGUUGUAGCAGUCCAUAUGGAAAAAGGAUAUUUUAAGGAGGCUGCUGAAGUUCUUGAAAGGCUGUUUGCAGACUCAGAAUCAGAUAAGCCUUUAAGGGUGAAGCUGGCAACCGUAAUCAAAAGCAAGGAUCCAUAUAUUCCCCUUCUCCAAAGCUUCAAUUACGAUCUUCUGAUAAGUAAAGUCAAGUCUUACAUCGAACGUUUCAUGAAAGAAAAUGAAAAAAACUUCUUACUACAGGCAGCCAUGGAGCAGGUAGAGUCUAAAGGACUAAAAGCAGUAGUGCUGCAGAACAUAACUGUGAAUGCCAAUGAAGAGGAAGAAAAUAAUUUGGAAACAACACAAAGAUUUACAGAAGAGCAACCGAGUACUACAAAUCAGUUACCUGAAGAUGCAACAAAAUCCAUUAUAAGGCUUCCUUCAAAGAGGAAAUGCAGAGCAAGUAAUGUUCUUCAGAGUCUGAACAGCUUGCAAAAUGUGGAAGAACUUGGAGAUACUCGGACUUGUGGCCGAAGAAGACAGCCAUGGACUCUUGAAGAAGACAAGAAACUGAAAUCAGGAGUAAGGGAGUUUGGAGUGGGCAAUUGGGCUAAAAUUCUGGUCCACGGUGACUUCAACAACCGAACUAGCGUCAUGUUAAAAGACCGGUGGAGAACACUGUCCAAGAUCAAAUAAUACUAAUUUGGGUAACAGGAAUCAACUCUUCUUGAGCUUUCCCUACAUAAAGAUCUAGUUCAGCUUUUCAGAAUAACUUAUUUGAGACUAAUCCGAGUCUCCAGCAAUGUUGCUGCCCUAAAACAUGAAACAGAUGUAAUGAUGACUUAUAUAUAUAAAGCCUGGUCUUCUAUCUACAUGAGGGAGGUGAUUAAUUUCUGCAAUGUGAAAAUGCUUACAGUGAUUAUGAAAGGUUAAUUACAUACACAGGAGUCUUAAGUAACUGGCAACGUAUUAGCUUGAUAGAGGCUUUUAAUAAAGAGUCAAGUGUUCUGUAGUUUUUAAAGGGUUGUAUCUGUAAUCAGAUGGAGCUCUUUAUCAUUUUAGUUUCUACUAUAGUCGUUCCAAUCUGAUUUCACCUCACUUUGAAAUUUUGGUCAGACUUGUCAUCUCUGUCAGUAAGUCAUACCAAAAAAUACGUAUGUAUUGUUAUUGCUAAUUUUUCUGGUUAAAAAUAUAGUACCCCAUGUAAGUUUAUGUUUAUAAAUAUUAAAGGUGCUCUGUAUGAAUCAGAGGGCACACUAGGGUAUUUUUUUUUUAAGAAUUAAGCUUAAGUUCUAGGAGGAAGAUUAUUUUGAAAUUAUUUAUGUUGGCAUAAUAGCAGUUACUAUCUUGCAGAAGAGAAUGGAAAAGAUAGGGAAGUAACAGCACGAUACUAGCUCUUAACUUCUCUUGACUAUCUUGUGCUACCUACACUGUCUUGAGAAGCGGCAUUCUUCUGGACCAGCGGAAAAGGGGAAGCUCCUUUCCUGGAAAGCCAAAGCGGGACUCUGUUCUGGUACUGAGCACAGCCCAUGAAACAGGUUUCAUCUACACUCUGCAGUGCUAGCAGGCACAGAUACCUUCUGAUGGGUAGCUGCCUGCAUCAGGGUGUCAGUUGGUUACUGUAAUUGUCCUGCUCAUAAGAGACUGUAAGAGAUGGGUGGUGGUGCUACGCUGCCUCUCUUGCUUCAGAUUGUAUGGAAAAGAAUUCCAGGACCUCAGAAAAUACACAAACACACACUUUCCACUGUCAUACUAGUGUGAAUCUAUAACUUACAUAUCACAGCAUUCUUUUAAAAGUGGAAUCUCUUAAAUUCAGGUGUUUUCUGGGAUGUUGUCCUUGGAGAAGUUUUUUAUUUUUAUUUUACAAGAACCUUUCAAGGAAAAGCAUCCAUCUAAACUGGUCAUAAUGAAAUAAAAUUCUCAGAGGUAUUCUUCCUGGUUACAAAAGAAGAAAUAUAUUCUUCAGGGCAGAAAUGUUUAUGAAGUAUUCAGAUCAUCUCUGCGCUUUCUGUCUUGGAGGCCUGUUUGCAUUAAGAUUAAAUGGUUAAGUAUCAUUAGAAAGGUUUGUGUCCUACUCUUGAAUGUGGACAGGACCUCAGACAGAUCACCUUCCUAAUUCUUGCCAACAGAUGCUCAGGUUUCUUUUUGCAGCUGUGGCACGCAAUUGCCUUUAGGUUCCACAGAGAUACUGCGUGCCUUAACAGUAAAUUUCUGAACCUUAAGGCAUCGUUUCUUUUUAGGACACAUGGUGAAUUUCAGAAGCUUGAUAAAAUAAAGAUUAUGCACUUCAGCAAGGAAUGCUAGAGCAGCUGUAAGCCAACAACUCAAAACAAAAACAAACAUAGCAGGUGUGUGACAAGUGAGACCUGCAGUAUGCAGUCUCUUCAAUGGCUCUAACAAUAAUUCAACACAAAUAAUAGGUAUCAAAACAAGGAUUUGAGCUAUGUGCGUAGCAUCCUUGCCUAUGUUCUAAUAUUGUAGGUUUCUGUGUUGAUCACUGUACAUGAGCAAGUUUAACUACUAAUAAGUGAUUUUUUGGCUUUUAGCCAAGGCUUUAGUCAUGACUGCUUAUUCCUAGAUGCAAGAUUAAUUUUUUUUUAGUUGCAGCAAGCUAAUUACUGUAGCAAAAUCCUAGUCAAGGCAGCUUAAAUAAAUUACCAUUCAUUAAGGAAAUGGGUCUUUUCAAGACUGUUUGUUUCUUUGCAGAAGUCUUGUUUACAUUUGUCUGCCGUAAAAUUCACUUUGUAUAUUAGUGAUAUUUCUAUGAGGGUGGCUGAACAUGGAAACUGCAAUGUAGACAAAAAAUACUUACCCACUUGUAGUAUAAACAGCUGUCUAGAUGAUAUUGGGAAGGAACAAAGGAUCUAAACUGAAGUCUGGUUUUAGCUCUCAAACUUUCAUUUUUAUUCACCCUUACAAUUUAAUGAUGAUAGUAACCAUUCCCAGAGUUGAGAACAUUUGGCUGGCUCACUACUGAGUAGGAUCAGUGCCCGUGAACAGAACUAUAGCCUGUAAAGAAUGAGAACCUUAGAAAAAGAAGCUACUAUGGUUACAAACAUUAGCUCUUUAAUUACAAACAGAAACAUAGGAAUUUGCUUAUAGCAUUCUAGUACAAAGAUCAGUCUUAACAUUUUGUAUUCAGGCAAAGAGAUUUGCCCAAAAUACUUCUUCCAAAAGUUUGACUCCUUUAAAGUUCAUUUAGGCUCCACAAAAUACAGCAGAAAGAUGCAGGUUUCCUGGCAUUGGUGUUAAUUUUCUCAUUUUUUGUUGUUGCUGUUUUAAAGGUCUUCUAAACUUUUACGUAAAAAUAAAGCUAUGCACAAGGGGACAUGAACACUGUUCCAGUUGCCGAAUCUUCUUCCAGGUUCCUUGGCACCGAGAGUUGCCAACUGCUUCCCAGCGUAAGAUUUUACCUCUGAAAUGUGAUAAGUGAGAAAUUAAAAAUUAAUGUGUUUACAAACACAAAAAAAAUGUAUAUUUCAUGUUAGUAGGUUGUGUUCUAUAAUGUCAUUGGAGAGAAGAUUAGAUUUGCUUAACAAUGUAAUACUUUAAUUAGCUCGUCUUAGUCUUAAAAUGCUUUUGUUUAUUAUACUUGCAGGCAUUCUAGAGCAAAUGCUAUGUUCCUACAUAGAGUACACAGGAUAAUGGGUUGAGUAAACGGUCGCAUAGGUAUUACAUAGCAUGCGUCUUAAUAAGUGUAUAGAUAUAUGGAGAUAUGUAUUAAAUAUAUAGACUAAGUAAAAAUGUUACAAAUAUUAAAUGUCUUCUUUCAAUACUAGCGUUCUAGAAACAAGAUGUAUAGUUCAAACCUGAAAUCAGAUUUGGAUUAUGGCAGAAAGCAGACUUUUUAAGUACCAGCGCCCAUAGCUGUAAAAAGACUUCUUGCACUACAGAAGUUUCAUUGUCCCUUUACAAUAGUAAAUAAAGCAUUCACGCUGAACUUUAUAUUGCAGUUAUUUACCAAUUUUAUCUGGAUGUAGUACUAGUGGUUAAAACAUUAGUAUUUAAAAAUUUUGUAAAGUUUUACACAGCAAUUUUUGUGAAAACUGGAAUCUUCUGAGCUCUGCAAGUGAUAUGAGCUGUUUCAAUUUUUUAGGUAUAACAAACACAACUUUUAAUGAGAUCUUAAGAUAUCUCAAGUUCUGUACUGGGUUUUGGUACAGAAGAGACAGGAAAAAAAUAAAAGGUUGUCUCUACCCAUCUGCAUUAUGGCCAUCUCCAGAACAACGAUGAGUGUCAGUGUUCAUAGCUGGAGGCUGGCAAGCUACGCAUACAGUAUGACCUUCUCGCAGGUACUGCAUCCAUCGAGCAUACGGCCGAUUCUCCAAAGCACAGUAGUGUGAAAGUGAUUCAGUUUUAAAUUCCACACAGUAACUGCUCAGAAAGAAAGGGAUUAAAUUAGCUGCGAUAGCUAAAGCACAAGCUAGAUAGAAACUUUAAAUGUACUUAUGUAUCAUACAGGUGGUAUUUGUGAAGUGCAGGUUAGACAUCCUCAUUGGUAAAAAAAAAAAAAAAAAAAAAAAAAGUCUGUUUCUGACCCUAACCUAAGUAAUGGAAUCUUUAAAACAUUAAGCAAAUUGUUUCUCACAUUCCAUGCCACAGUCCAGUGCUUUAUGUAUUAUCUCACUUUCUGGUUGUAUUCUGUAUUCUUAAAUUAUGUUGAAAAACAGAUCUUAAUAACCCGUAUUUUUUUCUCCUAUGAAUGCUAAAAGAGAAAAUGGGAGAGAAGGUUUAAGAAUACCUAUAAGCUUUAUUGUUCUGGGGAGAGCAGCAUGGGACAAAGCAUUAUGAGCAUUACAGAACCAGUGAUAACCAUCUCUACUGGUAACCAAGAGAGAUUUUUAUUGCUUUUCAUGUCAAUGUUAAAAACAAGCUCUUGAGACCGAUUG